AUGAUGGAGCUGCUGACUGGAGAGGUUCCUGUAAGGUGUCAGGAUGUGGCGGUCUAUUUCUCCAUGGAGCAGUGGGAGUAUGUAGAAGGACACAAGGAUCUGUACAAGGAGGCCAUGAUGGAGGCUCCCCGGCCUCUGACAUCACCAGAUGGACUCAUAGAAGGAAAUCCCCCCGAGAGAUGUCCCCGUCCUCUGUAUUCCCAGGACUGUCCAGAGGAGAAGCUCCCAGAGAACCAUCAGAUGACAAAUCAGGGGGAAGAUGUGACUGAUAUUAAAGUGGAGGAUGAAAAAGAGCGGAUGAUGGGCGAUCCCCGGUGUAAGAGUGAGGUGGAGGAGAACAUUCCAGUCCAUGUGACCACAGGUAUGGAAUCAUGAAUGGAGGAAGGGAAUUGGGAGGUUUCUUCAGGUGAGGCUCCACCUUAGAGCUGCAGUAAAGUAGCACUCCGGGCAGUGACCCCUGUGUUAUGUGCAGGAGCAGAGGGAGCUGUGACUGCACAUAGACAUCCUCUCCGAGCUCUUCUCUCCGUCCUCUCAUGGUCCAGGCUGAACACUCGGCUUAGCAUCAGGUUGUGGGGGGCACUGGCUGCAAUGAAUGGCUGCAGUAAUGGCCGGGAUCUGAGAAAACCCAGUCUAACCACCUAAGCUCCACAAUCCAUGGUGAUAGGGGGCCGCCUGUGAUCUGUUGAGCAUCUGAUGUGCCUCUGAAAGUAGUACCUAAUUCUUCCUCCCAUGCUGAGAUAUAAGAGGGGGGUGUAGAGGUAAUUAAUAGUUUGUAAACUUUGGAUAUUGCUUUUCACAUUGGGAGGGUAGUGAAUAGUGUGAGUUGUCAGAAUGCAGUGUUGGUUGUCAGGAAUUGGUGGCAUACUUUAUAGAAAUGGGAAUCCUGUAGGAAAUUAAAAGUGAUGGUGCUGAGCCGGAUUGAAAGUCCUUCCCGAGAAGGGAUUUUGCCAUCAUCAAGCAGGGAGGAAAUUGUAUAGGAUUGUAAUAAAUCCCACAAGGGCUUGGAAUGUGUUGGGAGUGGGGAAUAUUUUGUCAGGUAUGGUUGGUAUUGUCAGUGGACAGAUUCAAAAACGAUAAAUCUUCAGCUGUCUGUAAAAACUUCACUUCUUUAUUGACAAAUCCUCAAAAACAUCUUGUACAACAAUUAAAAAACAUACCUACGCGUUUUGAACAUGAGGGCAGUGGAUAAUGCCAGACAUGCUCAGGUUAAUUCCUCCCUGACGUCUGAACCAAGAA